ACGUAAGAGCGUGAACGUGAUGACGCAGUUUUGGAGCUGCAGGCAUGAAACGUCUUUUGAGCUUCUGCACAUCUAGGAACAUCAGCAAAAUUGUGAAGUUUAUUGAACCCAGGGUUACCUUGCCAGUCCGCAAUCCUCCGUUAUUUACCUCGUUUUUCUGCAGGGAAUUUACGGACAGCGGCAGCAACAUGGACCUGAGUAACAUGAGAAAGAGCUAUAAGAGCGAUCAGGAGUGUUUUGAGGAAGAUCAGCUUGCUUCUUUAGAUCCAAUUAAACAAUUCGGCAGCUGGUUUGAUCAAGCCACUAAAUGCCCUGAGGUGGGGGAAGCCAAUGCAAUGUGUCUUGCCACAGCCACCAAGGACGGCCGCCCCUCUGCACGCAUGGUCCUUCUGAAAGGUUACAGCGAGGAGGGAUUUCGCUUCUUUACCAACUAUGAGAGUAGGAAAGGUUCAGAGCUGGAUAGCAAUCCCCAAGCCUGUCUUGUCUUUUACUGGGAACCAUUAAACAGGCAGAUUCGUAUUGAAGGCACUGUAGAGAGAAUCCCGUACGAGAGUUCAAGUGAAUACUUCCACUCAAGGCCCAAGAGCAGUCAGAUCGGUGCUGUUGUUAGCAGGCAGAGCACCGUAAUACCGAGCCGACAAUACCUGAGAGAAAAGAAUGCAGAGCUUGAAGAAAAGUAUAAGGACACGGAUGUACCGAUGCCAGAUUACUGGGGUGGAUACAUUGUGAAACCCUCCUUGAUUGAGUUCUGGCAGGGUCAGACCAAUAGAUUACAUGACCGAAUAGUAUUUUUGCGGCCAAAAGAGGGAGAGACUGAGCUGGGGGAUAUGCAGCAUCAAGCAGAGGGGGGCUGGAUAUACCAACGCUUGUCCCCUUGAUAGUCUACAUGCUGUGAAAUCAACAUCACCGUCUGUGACAUCAAUACAUCAUCAUUACUUGAAAGCAGCUGUCAUUUAUAAUGCCAUUAGGGCAUUAACUGACAAGUGAAGACCUACUACUCCAUAUUCGACCUACAUUUGUAUUGUCUUAACCAAAACCAGGAAGGAGACUUUAUUUGUUGAUCAUUCUAAACAUGAUUUUAUGAAUAUAAAUCAUGCGUAGCAUUACAAAUGGUGCUUUGCUGCCGUGUUUGUCUUUAAGCCUUCAAAACUGACAGUCCCACUUAAUAUUAAGUGUCUUUACUAUGUACUAACAUUUAAAUUAGUCUUUUGAUACAGUGCACUUACAUUAGUAUAUACGUUGAUUACAAGUGUACAUACUUAUAGAGAGUAUAUUAGUAUAUACGAGUGUAUAUACUUGAUUUUGCAUUCUACUUAUGUUUAAAAAUGCUUGCAUGUAACUACAGCUGUAGUUAAUUUCAUCAUUAAUUACACUGUUGACCCUUUCCUUAGCCCUUAACCCACUUUUAAACCUAACCAUACCAUGAAACCUGUCCCCAACCUUACCCAUCUAUAGCAGCAAAGGUGUUUUGCGAUACAUGCAAUAAUAAACGCACAAUAAAUACAAUAUACCUAACAUUUUUUUAAUGUAAGUACAUAGUAGUUAAAGACUCGCAAUAUAAAGUGUGACCAAACUGACCUCAACAUAUCCUUAAUCUUUUACUUGUAAGUGCAAAGUCUGUUGACUAUCUAAUGUUUGUCAGUAAUUGAAAAGCACAGCUGUACUUGCAGCCUUAACUGUUGUUUCAGACAUAGACUUUGGACUUGUCACAACAAAAAACAUCCAACAUGUUGUUGCUCUGUUUGUACAUCAUUCAUGAGUCAUACAAGAAAUAUUCUUCAAGACAAGUGUGAAAUAUUUCGAUUAAAUUGCUUGUUAUAAAUGUGCCAAACUUAAUGUUGACCUAAAAUAAUUGUCAAUUUGGAUGUAGUUCUGUAAUGACUGGUGACCUUUUUUGUAAAUGUAAAAUAAAGUAGUAAACCCCUUUAA